AUGGCCGAGGAGCACGUUGAAGCACAAGAUCAAGCACAAGAACAAGUCGAAGUUGUUGAGGAACUUCCACAAGAAUUAAAGGACAUCAAGGCCGUGUUGAGCCAGGCCCACACCCAAUGCUGCUUAUUCAAAGGUAUCAGACAGUGCUUGAAGCAACUUGAGAACGAUCACAUCCUCUACUUGUUCCUUGCUGAUGACUGCGACGAAGAAGACUACAAGAAAUUGUUGACUGCUCUUUGCAAGGAGAAGAACGUUAAAAUCGUUAAAGUCCCAGAAAAGGCCAAACUCGCCGAGUGGUCCUUCCAAGCUAAAGUCAACGCCGAAGGUAAAAUCGUCAAAUCCACAAAAUGCUCCUGCGCAGUCGUUGGAAAAAGAAUCAGAAUGUCUGACGAUCUCAAGAGACUCCAGGCUAAGCUCGACGCUUAA